GACCCCUCCCCCCCGCGCCCCGAUUCCGGCCCGAGCCGUGGGGGGGGAGGAGGCCAGAGUCCGGCCGGCCGGCCCCAUGGACAGCGCGGCCGUCAUUACUCAGAUCAGCAAGGAGGAGGCGCGGGGCCCGCUCCGGGGCAAAGGUGACCAGAAGUCUGCAGCCGCACACAAGCCCCGCAGCCGGGGUAUCCUCCAUUCCCUCUUCUGCUGCGUGUGCCGGGAUGACGGGGAGCCGGUGUCUGUGCACAGCGGGGCGCCCCUGCUCGUGGAGGAGAACGGAGCAGUUCCCAAGGCCCCUGUCCAGUACCUGCUCCCAGAGGUCAAAGCUCAGGAUUCCGACAAGAUCUGUGUGGUCAUCGACCUGGACGAGACCCUGGUACACAGCUCCUUCAAGCCGGUGAGCAAUGCAGACUUCAUCAUCCCCGUGGAGAUCGAUGGGGUGGUCCACCAGGUGUACGUGCUGAAGCGGCCCCACGUGGACGAAUUUCUGCAGCGCAUGGGGGAGCUCUUCGAGUGCGUGCUGUUCACCGCCAGCCUGGCCAAGUAUGCAGACCCCGUGGCUGAUCUGCUGGAUAAAUGGGGCGCCUUCCGGGCCCGCCUUUUUCGGGAGUCCUGCGUCUUCCACCGGGGGAACUAUGUGAAGGACCUAAGCCGGCUGGGCCGAGACCUGCGGCGGGUGCUCAUUUUGGACAACUCGCCCGCCUCCUACGUCUUCCACCCCGACAAUGCUGUUCCGGUGGCCUCCUGGUUUGACAACAUGAGUGACACGGAGCUCCAGGACCUCCUGCCCUUCUUUGAGCAGCUUAGCCGAGUGGAAGACGUUUAUUCAGUACUCAGGCAGCCAAGACCGGGCAGCUAGUGAGGUGCAAAGGGGCCAGGACCUGCCCCCAACUAGUGCCCACUCCUAGCCUGAGGACUCUACCCGGAGCUCUCCAAGUGGCCGUGACCCCCUGGGCACCUCAGCGACGUGUGCGUCUCCCCUACUCGGGCUGCACACAAGGGCUACGAGCCGUAUCCGUGCCUUAGAAACCCCCUCCUCGGGGGGGGGGCCCUGCGUGCUGCUUCCCCUUUUUUCUCCCCUCUGUGCUGCCAUGUUUCUCUGCUGCCAAAUGGGGCCCCUUGGCCUCCUCCCCUUCUGCUUGGAGGGGUGGUUCCUGCUGUCCCAGGCCUUGGGGGCUCCCAACCUGAGAAUGGUGGACAUCAAGUGCCUUGCGUAGAAACCCCCCAUUCCCUGCCACUGUUCCCCACAUCAAGAACAGCUGUCGCCUGGAGAAGAGAAUUCUCUGCUCACCUCCUGCCCCCAAGUCUGCAGGAGGGUGAAGGAAUGGGGGUAGGGGGGCCAGACUCUGGCUUUGACCCCUCCCAAGUUGGGUUGCAGGCCUGACUCUCCCACAUCUGCCUGCCCUGUGCUCUGGAGAGUGGACAGGACAGACCCCUAUGUGGUGCCAUAUAAAUAUGUAUAUGUGUAUAUAGAUUUGGGGGGGGACGGGAAGAGGAAACCAAUCAAGCUAGACAUGACCACCCUCCCUCUUUCUUGGGCCAAUAAAUUAGGGGGAGGGAGGGGAGGAUUUUUACCUUUUUUUUUUUUUUUUUAAACUGCUCUAUUUUCUGAAUGAAACUAGCUGGGCAAGGAGACCCAAGAUGCUGCCUUCUAGCCAUCUUCCCCUCUCUGCUCCAUCCAUCCACUCAAAAAAACACCAGCACUUCUCUUUGCCAGCCUGUUCAAGAUCUACCAGCUGGGGUGGGUGACGGGCCAUCUCUGCUGUGCCUUCCGCACACACCUCAUCC